AUGGUCAAGUACGUCGAGGGCCUGUUUGACGAGGAAUACAUCCAGACACUAGGGGUCAAUUUCAUGGACAAGAAGAUCGAGAUCCGCAACACCCUCAUAACGUUUUCCAUUUGGGAUCUUGGCGGGCAGAAGGAGUUCAUCAACAUGUUGCCUUUGGUGCUGAACGAGGCCGUGGCCAUCUUGUUUAUGUUUGACCUCACCCGAAAACUGACACUUAAUUCGAUCAAGGAGUGGUACCGCCAGGUGCGGGGGUUCAACAAGACGGCGAUCCCGUUCUUGGUGGGGACGAAAUACGACCAGUUCAUCGACCUCAGCGACCACGACCAGUACGAGAUCACCCACCAGGCCCGCAAGUUUGCUCAAGCGAUGAAGCUGCCGGUGAUCUUCUGCCUGGUGUCCCACCUGAUCAACAUCCAGAAGAUAUUCAAGAUCAUCUUGUCGAAGGCGUUUGACUUGAAGUUGAACAUCGACGAGAUCGUCCACCCGGGCGAGCCUAUCCUCAUCUACAAGUAA